ACAGUUUGAUUUUGGCAUUCUUCAAGCAAAGAAAUUGCCUCCAAGAAGCUAAAAUUUAGAAGCAAAAAGAAAAGAAACUAUGCAUAUUAGUUUAGUCAAAUCGAUUGUAUUGUUAAUUAGCAGCCUGAUUAUUGUGCAGAUCGAUGGUAUUCAAGAUGCGGAUGGCAAGCGAAUUGUAAGCAAAUACGAGAGCAUCAGCCAGCUGUAUCCACAGCUCACGAGCAGCAGUAGUGAGUCCUCGCAAUGGCGCUACGCCGACAAGGACCUGCAGCAUCCCUGCAAGCGCGACUGUGCCGAACAGCAGCCCAUGACCUGUUACUACUACAUGGUGGUGCACUACGAUGAUACGAUGACCGACACCUGCAAACGCUAUCUGCAGUCGAAAUAUCGUUUCAAGCUAAAUGGUCGCGAGUACAUCGAUGCCUUCAAGCUGGCCGAAUUGGAGCCGCGGACCAACGAUGAUUGCAAGUAUGCCGAUGGCCUUGAGUCGCCCAUCAUGGUGGUAAACGGUCAACUCCCGGGCCAAUCGAUUGAGGUGUGCUACGGGGAUACGAUUGUGGCGGACAUCAUCAACAGCAUGCACGAAACGACGACGAUUCACUGGCAUGGCAUGCACCAGAGAUCGACUCCGCACAUGGACGGAGUGCCGCAUGUGACGCAGUAUCCGAUUGAGCCUGGCCAGGCGUUUCGCUAUCGCUUCGAGGUGGAUCAUGCGGGCACCAAUUGGUGGCACAGUCACACCGAGCAUCAGCGUGCCUUUGGCCUCGCUGGGCCGUUGAUUGUGCGACAGCCAGUGAAGCUGAAUCCGCAUGCGCAUCUGUAUGACUUUGAUAGGUCGGAGCAUGUGAUUAUGAUACAGGAUUGGGUGCACAACUUUGAUGAGAGCGUGGCGGAGAAUAUACUGAUCAAUGGGCGUGGCCGCAACAUGAAGAAGGACACCAAAGCGAAGCCGACGUUGUAUGCCACCUUUGGCGUCAUACGAGGCGGACGCUAUCGCUUCCGUGUCAUCUUCAAUGGUGUCUCCAAUUGUCCCAUCAGCAUGAGCAUUGACAAUCACGAUCUGGUUGUGAUUGCCAGCGAUGGCAACGACAUUGAGCCCGUCGAGGUGCAGAAGAUCAUGUUCCAUGGCGCCGAGCGAUUCGAUUUUGUCCUCCACGCCAAUCAGGAUGUGGCCAACUAUUGGAUACGCAUCAAGGGCUACAGCUUUUGUGCCCGCAAUCAACUGCAUCAGGAGGCUGUGCUGCACUAUCAGGAUGCCGACACACGUUCGCUUGAUACGCACACGCUUAACUAUGCCUACGAUCCACCUGGCAUCAUGUUGAAUGAGCUGGGCGACGACGCAAAUAGUGAUCAGAGCAUCCCGCUGGUCAGCCUCAAUGCGCGACACAUUGAGCCAGCGUUGACGCCUGCGGUUACGUAUUAUACCAGCAUGAAUGCGUGGGAGCUGCGCGGCGAGGGUUUUCGCUUCCAGAUGGAUGACAUUACGUUCAGCAUGCCGAAGGUUUCGUUUCUGCAGACCCGCAAUCUGGGCAUUGGCCAAAUGUUCUGCAACAGCUCACAGCAAGCGUCGCUGGGAUUCAAUUGCAAGAGUCGUCACUGCAAGUGCUCGAAUGUCAUUCAUGUGCCGGCGAACAAGAAUGUGGAGUUUGUCAUCUCGAGCAAAUCGAAUACUCCGCAUCCCAUCCAUUUGCAUGGCUACACGUUUCGUGUCGUCGGCAUGGGCGUCCUUGGGGAGCAGCGCAUUGGCCAGAUCGAGGAGAUUGACAAGCAGACGCCGCUGGCUAGGCGUGGCCGAGGUGCUCCGUUGAAGGAUUCUGUGCAGGUGCCCGCCUUUGGUUACACCAUCAUUCAGUUCAAUUCAAACAGUCCCGGCUAUUGGAUGUUCCACUGUCACAUAUCGCCGCACUCGGAGAAUGGCAUGGCUGCCGUGGUGCGUGUGGGCGAAGAUAUCGAGAUGAAAAUGUGCCCCGUUAGCAACUGCGGCCUUUGUAGUUCUGUAACAUAAAUACUUUUUUUUUUUAUUAAAUAUUAGUUAUAACAUGUCAUGCAAUUUAUCGCUCUCGGUUUGAAUCUGCCGCCACAUCCA